GGAGACUGUCUCGUAGUUGAGUAGAGCCGAGGCGUUUCCUACUUUGUUACGGAGGACGCUCUCACUGUACGUGACGUCAAACCAGCAUGGCGGUCAAGGUGCAAUCCACUAAACGAGGCGACCCAAACGAGCUUAAGGCAAUCUUCCAAAAGUAUGCCAGUGUGGUGGAUAAAGAUGGAGAGAAAUUUAUGACCCCUGGAGAUUUUGUCCAGAAUUAUUUAGGAUUACAUACUCCGAUCCAUCACAACCCCAAAACGGUCCAACUUAUUGCUGCUGUUGCUGACACUACAAAGGACGGGCUCAUCUCAUUCCAGGAAUUUCUUGCUUUUGAGUCUGCCUUGUGUGCACCGGAUGCCCUUUUCAUAGUCGCCUUCCAGCUGUUUGAUAAAAAUGGCACUGGAAACAUUUCCUUUGAAAAUGUACGGGAUAUCUUCAGUCAGACAACAGUGCACCACCACAUCCCCUUUAACUGGGACUGUGAAUUUAUCCGACUCCACUUUGGCCAUGACCGUAAGAAAUGUCUCAACUACCUUGAGUUCACCCAAUUCCUUCAGGAGUUGCAGUUGGAGCAUGCACGGCAGGCAUUUGCCCAAAAGGACAAAGGCAAGAAUGGUGCCAUCACCGCUAUGGACUUCAGUGACAUAAUGGCCACUAUCCGGCACCACAUGCUCACACCAUUCGUGGAGGAGAAUCUUGUCUCAGCUGCAGGUGGUGGAACAUCCCACGUGGUCAGCUUCUCCUACUUCAAUGCUUUCAACUCACUACUGAACAACAUGGAGCUAAUCAGAAAGAUCUACAGCACAAUGGCUGGUACAAGGAAGGAUACUCUAGUAACAAAAGAGGAAUUUGUUCAUUCUGCCAAUAAGUUUGGUCAAAUCACUCCAAUGGAAAUAGACAUCCUGUACCAGUUAUCAGGCUUGCAUUCUCCCUCUGGGCGUCUGAACCUUGCGGACAUCGAAAGGAUAGCUCCAUUAGAAGAAGGAAGUCUGCCGUACAACCUUGUUGAAUCUCAAAAAUCAGUAUGUGGCAGAAUCUGUGUCUGCCAUUCAUAA